AUGUAUACCGCUCAACAUCCCGUUUCCACCCCGAUGAACGGCAUGGGUUCCGAUCUGAUCGAUGGUUCCGGCACCAUCAACCCUGCUGCUUUGAACACGCCUGCUACUGUUUCGCAAUCUGGUCUUUCCGAUCCUUCCACAAUCACAACCUCCAGUGUCCACCCUAGCGCAAGCCCAAGAGGCACAAAACGAAGUAGGCCAACGGAACAUUAUGGCGAUCAGCCCGCAGAAGGCGAAGUAGAGGAUGUACCGGAUGAUCAUGGCCGUCGCAAACGAGGCCGGCCGCCCAAGACGCCGAAAGCCUCGUCAUCAACAAACCUUGCUCCCACCCCAGCAGCGCAAAGGCCGAAAUCAUCCCCUUCCCAAACACAGAUUUCUCAACUCCCUCCGCAACCCAUCCCACAGAAUACCGCGACCCCCGCACAGACGUCUCCGCCAGCAAAAACCACUCCCACAAAGUCGCUAGUCAAGGCACUACCUACCGUCAGAGACCACACCACCGACCAACUAGGGGAAGAAGGAGAUGAAUAUAUCCCGAAAGAAUUUGACGAGAAUGGCGAGAAGAAAGUCGAUGCGCUGGGAUACCCACAGGACAAACGCAAGUAUAAAUGCAGGACCUUUUGUGUCCCAAACCGCGGCAAAAAACUCUUCAUGCUGGCCACGGAAUGUGCUAGAGUUCUGGGAUAUCGAGACUCUUAUCUCCUCUUUAACAAGAAUAGAUCUCUUUAUAAAAUCAUUGCGAGCCAAGCAGAGAAGGAUUCCUUGAUCCAGCAGGACAUUUUGCCGUACUCCUAUCGCUCUCGGCAGAUCGCGAUUGUGACGGCGAGAUCCAUGUUUCGGCAAUUUGGCAGCAGGGUAAUUCUCGAGGGACGCCGCGUUCGCGAUGAUUACUGGGAGAGCAAGGCGCGAAAGCAAGGCUUUACUGAAGAUGAUAUGGCGGGUGAGAAAAGACCAGGAGCUGCCAAGGCCAGGGAUGCAGCAGCUGCUGAAGCCGCAAAUGCAGGAUUGAUACCAAAUCUGGGUCAAAGCGAUAUCAUAUAUAGUAACGGCCCACGUAUCGACGGCAUCCCGCCCGACAUGCCUCCCCAUCCAGCGAGUCUAACUCCUCUUCCCAUGAUCCACUUGGCGCCAGCGGAUGACCCUCGGCUGAGAGAGUUCAACUCCAUACCGCGACGUAGACAGGAGCCCACAGGGCAACCAUUCCACGAUCGUACCCAACCUAGCAGUGGUGCAGAAAUAAUGAACCAGGCGUCUCAUACUGCUGAUUUUAGCAAGAUUUUAAAUCAGCAGCGUGGAUAUCGUGCGAAAGGACUUGAAGAACACUGGAAUAAGAAGCGUGAAACUCCCGUUCCGAGUCAAUCGCCAGUUGUCCAGGUCGAGCAGACUCUGGGUGUGCCUCAGUCCCUCCAAUCACCACAAAUGACAUCUGGUAUCAUCAAUGCGAACCAGCACCCAAACGUUCUACCUCACACACAAAUGAUGACUCCUCAACAAUCCUACUCUCAGCCUUCCCAUCAACAGACCUCCAUAUCCCAAUCUCCGCUGCGAGGAAUUCCCCAGGGAAUGCGCCCUGAUCAGCUUCAGCAUCGCUCAUCUAGCAUCUCUCUUGCUUCUCCAAGCCCAAGUCAAUCUUCACCAUAUCCUUACUCUCAAAAUCCACAACUCUGGGGCCAGCCACCUCCCCAGCCACAGCCAUCUCCUCUGUCUACUUCCCACUCGAUUGGAAUGUCACAAUACGUUCCACAGAUGCACCCACAACAACAACAACAACAACAACAACAAUCCCCUUCCCCACAUCUUCAAAACACACAACCACUACAUCCUUCUCAGUCUCCACGCCAUCAACAUCGUGUUCCACCAUCACAGCUUCACGCACAGUCCCCGUCCCACCAGCAGCAGCAGCAGCAACAGCAACAGCAACAGAAUUUUGCCGCGAUGAGUUAUCCGGGUGUUUCAGCAGCUGCGUAUUCCAACAUGGCUGCUGCGCGCGCUAUAUACCCAUCGUCGCAUGGCAUGGCUGGCUCACAACAAUACAUGUCCGCGCCUCAUCAACAACCAUCGGCAAUGAGUAUGAGCAUGGGUACCAGCGCUUCCAUACCAGGAUGGCCCAGCACCACCACCGGAGGAUCGCUGCAACCCGGUGGCCAGCCACAACCGGGUUCAGGGCAGAGCGGCUGGCCAUCAACGUAUUGA